AUGUCCAAUUCUCCUUCAAACAAGAGAAAGUUUAAAUUAAAAUAUGAGGUCGUAACAGUAAUUAUUAUCCUUAUUCUAAAGCCUGGUAUGUAUUUUGAUGACUCUGUUAAUAAGAUUGUCUCUCAUAAAAGAAGAGUUUCAUCUCAAAGUAAAAUAUAACCAAGUAUAUUGGAGAAUUAUGAGUAUAAAGUAAAGAAUGUCUUUGAAAAGCAAUUAUAAGAGACAGAAAAAUUACAUAAUAAAGUGAAGUAUUUAUUUGAUUAAACAGACCAUAGAAAGAUUAGUUAACUAAAAAAGAACUCAUAGAAAAAUUAGUAACUCAAAUGUAGGAUCAUUUACAAUAAAAAGAGAAAGAAUUAUUUGAAACAAGCAACAUAGAUGAUCAUUAGAGAUUAGAAAGAAGAAAAUCUAUUUUUUAUUAAGAAUAAUCACAUUUAGCAAUGCUGUAGUAAAUGAAGGAAAGAUUUGCAUCCCAGUAAGAAACCAAAAAAUAAAUUGACAAAAAAAAGAUUAAACACUCAUCUGAUUCAUCACCAAUGAGAGGAACACGUAAAAAAACUAAUUUAGAAUGCCAGUUAUAUGAGUAAGAAUAAAUUGAAUAUGGUUUAUAAGAGUAUUAUAAACUUUAGAGAAUCAAAAAAAAUGUUGAAAAAUAAUUAAAUCGUAUGGGUUUGAUUGAUUUAUCAGUACCUGAUUAAAGAGUACAUUCACGUAAAUUAUCUCUUUUAUAAAAUUCAUCUUAAUUAAUACAUAAUAGUAUUCUAACAUAAGAAAAAUCAAAAUCCAAAAGUAACCCAAAAACACAUAAUACAAAUAAUAUUUUAAAAAGAAUCAAAGAAAAAAUAUAACAUAUACAUACUAAUUAUAGUAAUAAUAAUUCAAUGAGUACUCUUAUAACAUGUUGUGAUUAAGAAAUAGCAUAAUUGAAGAGAAUGGAUAAUGAUAUCAAUAAAAAGAAGAAAAUUUAGAUUAAAAAGUUUAGAGUUAUUUAGAGUGAUCUAGAUGCAAUAGGAUUUAUGAGAUUUUAAAGAGCUAAAAUUUAAUGA